AAAGUGCCAUGAAAUUGGUAUCAUGCAAUUUUUAAAUGAUUUAUCCCUUGGGUCGUGAACAAUUUAGAAAUUUAAGUACAUAAACCGCUGAAUAAUGGAGAUUUGUGAACGUAUAGAAAGAUGCGACGCGAAAAAUUAUUUCAAGAGCAAGGAUUUUGCUUAUUUACAACCCAAAACAAGGCAGUCAUACGCAUAUCGUAAAUCGUACAGACGUCCAAUGAUUAAGUUAGACACUGAGACAAUAUACAAAGCCUCUUACAGGAAACCCGAUGUCAAUUUUAAAUUUAUAAGAGAAAAAUCUCUUGACAAACAAUACAGUAAAUUGCCUGGGGAAAUAGAUUUUUCUACAGUGCACAAAGCAUCUUUUAAGUCCCAAAAUGGCAAAUCUGCAGAAAUCGUACAACCCAGAACGCAUCUUGGCUGUCCUGGCUGUCCCAUGAAUAUGAAAACCGUAUACAGAGAUUCGUACAUGAAUCCUGGAUUAAUAAAUACUGCUACGUGUAGACCGAACCGAGAUAAAUUCAUAGUGCCUAUGAAGAUGGAGUCUUGUACGACGAUGAAAAAGUCAUACGAACAUCCCGGUAAAGUGUGCUUUAUAAAAUAUAGUAAACCCCAAGAGUCAAAAUAUUGUCCAUGGAUUACUAAUUACGAAACAGACUUUCGUACCGUCGUCCAAGAAUCUUAUAAACCAGUAACUGUUGUACGAAGAAAACCUAGAGGUACCAGGCCAUACAGGACUUUGAAUAUAAAAAUCGAUUGUGACACUACGUAUGGCAUGAGUUAUUUAGCUCCUGGAUGUUUUAUUAAAAAGAAAAAUUAAAUAAAUUUCUAAAUAAAAUUGAUCAAAUCAUAUCUUACGCAG